AAAAAAAUCUAACAGAGACGGAGAGAUGGAAGGCUAUCUUGUACGUACACUUUUAGCUUUCGCCAUUCUCUCAUUGUUUAACCACAUAAACCCCUGCACAGCAACCUUGCUUCCUAAUGAACCAAACACCGAUUUCAUAAGAACCUCUUGCAAAGUCACAUUACAUCCCAUUUUGUGCUAUAAUUCUCUCAAGGAUUACGCAUGCAAAAUCCAGACUGAUCCGAAAUUGCUAGCUUAUACUGCUGUCAAUGUGACUCUUGAGUUCACCAAACAAUCUCUAGCGACAGUGAAGCGGUUUCAAGAGAUUGGUGGUUUGAAUCCUGUUUUAGCUUCAACAAUGGAGGCAUGUGCAAAUGAACUUACUGUCGCUAUGGACGACAUCCAGAAUUCCAAAGAGGGAUUGGAGGAUCAUGUAACAGAAGGCUCUGAGCCCAAGCUUGACAUGGGUAAUACUCAGGCGUGGCUUAAUGCCGGACUAGCAAUAGAGCAGAAAUGCUUUGAUAGCUUUGCUGUAGAUCAUCUUGACGGGAAAGUGGAGACCCUUACUCGCAGAAAUAUUAUGAUAGUCGCGCAUUUAACAAGCAAUGCCGUGCAACUCCUCAACCACUAUGCAUUAUCUAAAUUUACAUAUCCUUAGAUUCUUUUUUCAUAUUUGCUCUUAUGGGAGACUUGUGAAAUAUACAUGUAACACGUACUAUACCUAAAUGUAUAUGUAAGGUGUAGGUAUCUGGGAAUCAAUUGAUUUAAGGAUGUAAUAUAAAUAAAAAAGCUGACAAUAUUGGAAUAUUGGAGUAGAUUGCCUGUAAGUGUGUGUA